AUGUCUCUCACAAACGCAACCCCAGCAGAAGCUGCAAGCGGGGCAAAGACUGCGUCUCACAUUCUGGCUACACUUCCAACGUCCUCGAGAAAUGCAGCUUUGACUGCUAUUCACGAUGCACUUCUACAAAAUAAAGAAGAAAUACUAGCCGCUAAUGCUCGGGAUCUCGAAUUGGCUAAAAGGGAAGCCGAGGGUGGUCGUUUGAGCUUAAGUAUAGUGUCGAGAUUAGAUUUGGGAAAGAAGGGAAAAUAUGAAGAUAUGUUGAAGGGAAUUUUGGAUGUCAGAGAUCUGGAUGACCCUGUUGGAAAAGUCACGCUGCGAACACGACUUGACGAUGGUCUGGACCUUGAGAGAGUGUCAUGUCCCAUUGGAGUACUUCUGAUCAUCUUUGAAGCACGUCCUGAAGUGAUUGCCAACAUCGCGUCGUUAGCAAUCAAGUCCGGGAAUGCUGCCAUCUUAAAAGGUGGCAAAGAGUCUACUGAAUCUUUUAUUGCUAUAUCAACGGUGAUAUCAGCGGCUUUGCAGUCAACAGAAGUUCCAGCAGCUGCUAUACAGUUAGUCACAACCAGGGACGUCAUCCCUCAAUUAUUGGCAUUGGACCAAUACAUUGAUCUCGUAAUCCCAAGAGGUUCAAAUGAAUUGGUCAAAUACAUCAAAGAAAAUACCAAAAUUUCUGUGAUGGGCCACGCAGAUGGCCUCUGCUCGAUAUAUCUUGAGAACACUGCUGACCCGGCAAUGGCAACAAGAGUCAUCGUUGAUGCGAAAACGUCAUAUCCAGCAGCAUGCAACAGCGUGGAGACUUUGUUAGUUGAGCAAGCUGCUCUAGAGAAAGUUCUCCCACAGGCUGCGGAAGCACUUCUAGAGAAGGGUGUCUCGUUAAGAUGCGAUGCUUCUAGCAAAGCAGCUCUCACAUCAAAACUCCCUUCUCACCAAGCAGUUUUCCUUCAAGAUGCAGUGGACGGUGAUUUUGAUACAGAACAUCUAUCACUUACUCUUGCCAUCAAAACCGUUUCUAAUCUCAACGAAGCCAUCUCACAUAUCAACAUUCAUGGUUCCCACCACACUGAUGUAAUCCUCACCUCAUCCUCUGAACUUGCUGAGCGAUUUAUGGCUAGUGUGGACUCAGCAGGUGUUUUCUGGAACACUUCCAGUCGUAUGGCUGAUGGAAUGCGCUUCGGAUUCGGUACCGAAGUAGGAAUAUCAACAAACAAGAUCCAUGCACGAGGACCAGUUGGCUUGGAAGGUCUCAUGAUUUAUAAAUACAAAAUUCGCGGUAAUGGCCAGUUGUCUGUUGAAUAUGGCGAGGGAGAGGGGCAAAAAAGAUUUAAGCAUGAAAAUCUCUCGAUAUAA